AAUUAUUUCAUCAUCAUCAUCAAAUAACACUAAUGAUAUACCUUCUUCUUCAUUAAAUGAACCUGAUAUCAUGCCUGUCUUUGAUGUGGUAAGUACUGCCAAUGAUAUUAAUAAUGAAUAUUCUUUACCAACAUUAGAACAUAAGAUAAAAAAUGAAAAAGAAUUGGACCCAAGGUUGCAGUAUAUUGCACAGUAUUUAAGACUUGUCAAUUCAGGUUACAAAAAAAUGGAUGCCAGCAAUAUUGUUGCACAAUCCUUAAAUAGAGGUACUUGGUGUGCAAGAUUAAUAAGAACAUGGGGGAAGCAAUAUUCAAAAAAUG